CUAGAGUGAGGAACAACAAUAAGGAAGCAUGUUUAAACUGUUUAAUAAACACGGCAUUUAUGAGACAAAAAGACAAAUGUGAGCACAGCUGAUACUCAGUCACAGGUACGUGAUGGAUGUAUAAGAGAGAUUUACCUUAAACACGUUUAAAAGACGUAAAGAAAAGAAGAGCAAUGGCAGAACAUUUACCAACAUCAACAAAAUUGACGAGGAGACAGAGUAUGGAGAAGACACCUUCAUCAAUGUCAUCCUCCAGUGGUCCUCUGGCUGAGGAGCUUCAGUGUUCAGUGUGUCUGGAUGUGUUCACUGAUCCAGUCAGCACUCCAUGUGGACACAACUUCUGUAAGAACUGCUUGAACCAGUGCUGGAAAAACAGUCAGAACUGCAUCUGUCCAUUGUGUAAAGAAACAUUCAGUAAAAGACCCGACCUCAAGAUCAACACAGCACUUAGACAGGUUGUGCAGCUCUUUCAGGAAAAGUUUAGUCUGAGUAAAACUGAAGUUCUCUGUGACAUCUGUGAUGAAAGAAAGAUAAAAGCCCUGAAGACCUGCCUGAUGUGUCAGACUUCUUACUGCAAAACUCAUCUGGAGCCUCAUCAGAGAGUCCUGAGCUUAAAGAAACACAAACUGAUGGACCCUGUGGAGAAUAUAAAUGACUAUAUAUGCCAGAAACAUGAGAGACCUCUGGAUCUGUUCUGUAGAGAUGAUCAGACACGUGUGUGCGUGUUUUGCACUGAUGGAGACCACAAGACUCACAACACCGUUGCUCUAGAGGAGGAGAGUAAAGAGAAGAAGACUCAGCUGAUGAAGACACAGAAAGACAUGCAGCACAUGAUCCAGGACAGAAUCAAAAAGAUUCAAGACAUCAAACACUCAGCAGAACUCAGAAAAAAAAGCACAGAGCAAGAGAAAGCAGCUAAUGUUGAGCUCUUCAGUGCUCUGAUGCAAUCCAUUGAGAGAUGUCAGGCUGAGCUGCUGGAGAUGAUGGAGGAGAAGCAGAAAGCAGCAGAGAAACAGGAUGAAGAGCUCAUUCAAGAACUACAGCAGGAAAUCACUGAACUCACAAUGAGAAACACUGAGCUGGAUCAUCUCUUACACACUGAGGAUCACCUCCACCUCCUACAGAUUGAUCCAGCCCUGUGCAGUCCUCCACACACCAGGAACUGGUCUGAGAUCAGUAUGAACACUGAUGUGAGUGUGGAGACUCUGAGGAGAGCUCUGACCCAACUGCAGGAAACUCUAGACGAGAAACUCAGUCAAACUGUAUUCAGGAGAAUGAAACAGUAUGCAGUGGAUGUGAUGCUGGAUCCUGAUACAGCUCAUCCAUAUCUCAUCCUGUCUGAUGAUGGGAAACAAGUGAGGACUGGAGACAUUAAACAAAUGCUCCCAAACAACCCAGAGAGGUUUGAUAUCUGUCCUGGUGUCCUGGGAAAAGAGGGAUUCUCCUCAGGGAGAUUUUAUUUUGAGGUACAGGUGAUGGGAAAGACUGACUGGGAUUUAGGAGUGGUCAGACAAUCUAUUAACAGGAAGGGAAAGAUCACUGUGAGUCCUAAGAAUGGAUUCUGGACUGUGGCUCUGAGGAAUGAGAAUGAAUAUAGGGCUUGGGCUGGUCCAUCUGUCUCUCUGUCUCUGAGUGUGAAGCCACAGAAGGUGGGGGUGUUUGUGGAUUAUGAGGAGGGUCUGGUCUCCUUCUAUGAUGUGGAGUCCAGAUCUCAUAUCUACUCGUUCACUGGUCAGUCUUUCACUGAGAAACUCUAUCCUUUAUUUAGCCCUUGUCCUAGUCAUAAAGGUAAAAAUGUAGCCCCACUGAUCAUCUCACCUGUUAAAUAGAUACAAAAUAAUUUAUUCCUUAUAGAUAUGAAAAAUAAAACAGUUCUCUAAAAUUAUUGAUUAUGCAUGUUUUGCUGUUUUUUAUCCUAUUUUUAUUUUAUGGUUCUCUGAAACAAUUUUGACUGGUCACUGAAAGCAUUUUAUGGUCAAAUUGAGUUAUGGCCAUUUUUUCCCCAAUAAAAGAGCCUUAUUUAACUGUAUUAAAUAUUUUACCAGAGACAGAUUUGUAUGGCUUUUAAAAACAAAACAUGGACUUGCUGCUGCUCUUUUAAUCACCAUUUUAAGAUGUUUUUGUUUGUAAUAAUGACCAUUAUCUUUUCAUUUGUUUUGCAAAUCCGCCAUUAUUACAAAUUGCAAAUGUUACAGAACAUUUUUGACAUUUUUUAACCAAAUGUGAAAUUACAUUUUAAAAAUGUUUAGUUUUAAUGAUCUCUUUGAUAAUAUGAUGAAA